AUGGCGAUCAGCUGGAGCGCCAAGAAACAAGGUGGCGUGUCCCUCUCGACAAUGGAAGCCGAGUUCGUAGCGGCGUCAGAGAUCGCUCUUGAGCUGCUGGGCGUGCGCGAGAUGCUUGGCGAGAUCGGAAUGGCGCAGAGCUACCGAUGCUGA